AUGCCCGGAUUUAAACCUCCAGUCCAAUCAAAAUGCCCAAAAUGUGGAAAGUCAGUUUAUGCAGCAGAGAAAAUGGUCGCUGGAGGAUAUGAUUGGCAUAAAUUUUGCUUCAAAUGUGGUGAGAAUUAAAUUUAUGAAUAAAUUAGAAGACUGAAAAAUAUGUAGUUGGAAGAGGAGGAGAAUAGGGAGGGGUAUUCCUGCCUUCGUGGCUGUUUUCCUGCAAUUCACUUUUUUUUGGCUCUUCCCACCUUCCAUUUUUAAAAAUCUGAGUUUGCUCAGUCUAGCUACCUUUUUCACAAAUAUCGAACAAAAUUGCUCUAUAAUGUACCUUAAAGCAUUUGAGCAGUU